UAUUUGGGGGAUCUGGCAACCUCUCAUGCAUCAGCGUUCACCGUGAAUUGGUCUGAACCACACGCGUCUUAUUUUCCCGUCGCUCAACUACAGUCUCUCCAAAUUGUUCGAUUUGCUUGUCAUGUAACUGACAUUUCCGGAGACAGACAUUUACGGGUGAAAGCUUUUGUCCGGGGAAAAAAACCACCGACGUUCAAGAUGGGUUGCGCUGGAUUCACCUGCUCCAAGAAUUCCCUGUGCGCGCUCAACAUCCUCUAUGUUAUGGUGAGUUUGCUGAUGAUUGGCAUCGCCGCCUGGGGCAAGUGUUUUGGGUUGGUGUCGAGCUUCCAGGUGGUGGGUGGCAUCAUUGGAGUGGGGGUCUUCCUCUUCUUCGUUGCCCUAGCUGGACUUAUUGGUGCCAUGAAGCACCACCAGGUUCUGCUCUUCUUCUACAUGAUCAUCCUGUUCCUGGUGUUUGUAGUUCAGUUUUCAGUGUCCAGUGCGUGUCUGGCUAUCAAUGAGGAGCAACAGAAUCACCUGUUGGAGGUGGGCUGGAACAACUCCCUGACCACUCAGAGGGAUGUGGAGAAGAGUCUGAACUGCUGCGGUUUCUCUCGCAUGGACAUCAACGGAAGCUGCGCCGCUCCCUGCUUUCAUUACAGCACGUGCACCACGUGUGCAGCAAAGAUCCAGGAGCACGCCGGCGAGGUGCUGCGCUUCGUCGGGGGGAUCGGCCUCUUCUUCAGCUUCACCGAGAUCCUGGGGGUUUGGCUGACAUAUAGGUACAGAAACCAAAAGGACCCGCGGGCGAAUCCCAGCGCCUUUCUGUAGGUGUUUGAUCCUCUGGAUGCGUCGUCUGACCACUGGGUUUCUCACUGGAGCUGUUAAAGGGAGUGUGUUUGCUUUUACUGAAGAGGAAACCAGCCUGUUUGUUCUCGCUGCUAUAUAUUAAUAUGUGCUUGAUUUUUUCAAGAGUACAGUGUGACAGCACUGUGCUGUACGUUAUGAGGUUGUACUUAUGCUUGAAGAAUUCCUCUCCAUGAAAGAACAGAACAGCAAAAACCAAUAUGCAGUACCUACACUAAUGGGCUAAACAACAAAGACCACUUGAUUUUAUGUCGACAGUUUUGUGUGGUAAAAAAACAUAGACAGAAAAUGAGCUGCCGUGAUCAAAACAUACAGUGUGUGAGCAUGACACCAUUUAUGUGGACGGUUUAUAUAUGCUGACAAAAUCAAAAUGUAUCCAUAUCAGUUUCACACCAAUUAAAUGCACAUGUUAUCAAUUAGCAUGAAGGAAGGCGUUAAACCGAACCUGCUGGGAAUCACUACAAUGCAAUAAAAUUGCAAUAAAAAAAAAACUGUCAGAAAGCUAGAUACACUAUUGGACUUCAUAAUUAGUAUGAAAAUGCAAUUACAAAACGGAUAGAAGAUUGUUUUCUUGAGCACCGUUUGAUGAUCUCGGAUUUCACAUUAAAUGUAUCUGCUUAUUUUAUUUCCAUCACGUGUGUGUUACUUAGUUUACCGACCUGAUUUUGUGUAUCGUUUUGGCUUCUUGCAUGAAUUCCUCAUUGAAAUGUACAUCUAUAUCCAAUGGUUCUGUGAACUACGCUCUCAAGCAUUUGAAAUCAGAAAAAAAUAUAUAAAUAAAGACCCUGAGGACACAA